AUGGAGGGAGUUUCAGUUUGUUCCACGACUGCAUUUCACUCACUGCCUCUGUUUGUAUCUCUGUCACUGCAGGACCAACAUGGAGCGAGAAGUCAGCGCUCUCAGGAGGCCGACAAACCUCACAGAAGAAAGGGAGAGAAAACCUACAGCUGUGAUGAGUGUGGGAAGGAUUUUACCCUGGCUCGAAGCCUAAAAACACACCAACUUAUCCACAGUGGAGUUAAACCUUACAGCUGUGAUGAGUGUGGAAAGUCUUUUACCCAGGCUGGAAACUUAAAAACACACCAACUCGUCCACAGUGGAGUUAAACCUUACAGCUGUGAUUUGUGUGGAAAGUCUUUUAACCAGACUGGAAACUUAAAAACACACCAACUCAUCCACAGUGGAGUUAAAGCGUACAACUGUGACUUGUGUGGAAAGUCUUUUACCCUGGCUGGAGAAUUAAAAAGACACCAAAUCAUCCACAGUGGAGUUAAACCUUACAGCUGUGACUUGUGUGGAAAGUCUUUUACCCAGGCUGGACACUUAAAAAACCACCAACUCAUCCACAGUGGAUUUAAAGCGUACAACUGUGACUUGUGUGGAAAGUCUUUUACCCAGGCUGGACACUUAAAAAACCACCAACUCAUCCACAGUGGAUUUAAAGCGUACAACUGUGACUUGUGUGGAAAGUCUUUUACCCUGGCUGGAGACUUAAAAAGACACCAACGCAUCCACAGUGGAUUUAAAGCGUACAACUGUGAUUUGUGUGGAAAGUCUUUUACCCAGGCUGGACACUUAAAAAGACACCAAAUCAUCCACAGUGGAUUUAAAGCACACAGCUGUGAGUUGUGUGGUAAGGCUUUUGCUCAAAAUGACAACUUACAGAGGCAUCUACUUACCCACCUUGGAAUUAAGGCGUACAGUUGCUACUUUUGUGGAAAAAGUUUUAGCGACAAACACUACCGAAAUAUUCACCAACAGAUCCACACCAGAAAGUAACUCUACAAGUGCAGUUACUGUGAGAAGUGGAGCAAAGCACAUGGAUCCAGUUCUCAACCCUGUUGUCACUGUGGUGGUGGGAAAUAGUUUCUCUGUGACCUUUGUGGAAAAACUUCAUUCAUCAACGGGACCUAAAAACACAUCAGCGUAGACACACUGGAGACAAAAUGAACUACUGCAAAGAAUGUGGGAGAGGCUUCCACACACCAAGUACAUUAAAAAUACAUGAACUCUUCCACAGUGGAGUCAAAAAGCACAUCUGUGACCAGUGUGGGUCAUCCUUCACCACUGGACAUGAGCUCAAUGAAAAAGCAUAAGGGAAUCCACACAGGAGAGACACCAUACAAGUGCAGACACUGUGACAAAAGCUUCUCACAAUCAGGUCAUCGUAACCAACAUGAACGUACACACAUGGAAGUGAACUUCAGCUGUGACCAGUGUGACAAGAGCUUCAGGAAUCUCAGUUCAUACUCCGAACACAAACGAUUCCACGCUGUAAAUAAACUGUUUCACUGUUACCAAUGUGCAAAAACAUUCACUUCAUUAUCUGCUCUGUGCAAACAUCAGCCUGAUCAUGAAGGACUGAAAUCACUGGAUCACAAUGAAUCUGAAGAGAGAGAAAGUUCCUCUUCUGGUUUCAUGGUCGGACCUAAAAACCUUGAGAUCAGGCUCCACAGAGUUCAGAUGGAAUCUCCUGUAAAGAGUGUCAGCUGAUGUCACACUUGGAUCUGAUGAGGUAGCUCUGAUUUCUGGAGCUGCAGUGAAUAAUCCUGAAUGUUACAUUUAGGAAGCUACAUGCAUAGAUAUGCAUAUCAAGUUCAUGUUUUUUCCUUUUAGGGAUUUUAAUUCUCUUAAAUGUUAUCCCUGUUACAUUUUAUUCUUUGUUCCCUUAGGACACAGUAGUGUUUAGUAGUUGUAUUCAUUUUAUGUGUUACCUCAGUUAAAUUUCGAUCCUUCAUUCAUAUUUAAUCUUUUGCUGUGGUAAUCCCUUCUCUUAAAUCAUUUUCUCCCAAAACUGCAAAUAUUUUCACAGCAGCUGCUCUUAAAACUUCCAAAAUGAACUAAAUCUGUCCACCAGCUUUGAAACAACACCUGCUGUGACUUUAUGUCCAGAAAAAAGAAACUCAAGCUAAACUGGUUUUGGGCUGUACUUCCAUAUAAUGCCAGUUUGUACCAGAAGAUGAAGCAGUGAGUCAGUGUAACCUUUAUUUAAUUGGGCAAAGACCACAUUCGUUUUCACAGUGGCAGCAAAGAAAUGUUGAAAGGUAAAAACAGCAGCACACAUCAGGACCAUUUUAAAGAUCACAGGUGACUUUUACUUAAUUCAGAUUCCUUCAAAUUUUGGC